AUGAUAUGUAUCGAAUGUGGUUAUAAAGGAAUAGAUUGUUUAUACUCACGAUAUAAAAGUGAAUAUAUUAAAUUAACAGUAUGUCCCAAAUGUAAUAAAAUAGCCGAUAAAUAUAUUGAAUAUGAUUCAGUUAUAUUAUCAUUAGAUAUUUUAUUAUUGAAAAAACAAGCUUAUAGACAUUUAUCAUUUAAUUUAAUAGAACAAGAAAUAAUUUAUAAAUCAAAUAAAUCAAAACCAGAUUAUUCUAAAUUAUUUAGAUUAUUUUUAUUAAUUUUAUCAUUAGAAGUUUAUUUAAUUUGGGCAAAUGAAGAAAUUUCAUCAUUUCAUUCAAAAUUUAUAAAUUUAAUACUUCAAAAAGGAAUAAUUUUUCAAUAUUUAUUCUUCAUUAUUAAAUUAGGUUUAGAAAAUAUUGUUUUAAAUAUUUCACUUCAAUUAAUUAUUAGAAAUUGGUAUCAUUGGGGUACAAAUAAUAAAGAUGUUAAUAUGAAUGUUAAAUCAAAUCAAUUGUUUGCUUAUAAAACUAUAGUUUUAUUUUUAACUGUGAUUGUAUCUGGAUCUAUUAAAUUAUUCCCCAUAUUAAUGUUUAUUUGGCCUUAUGAUAAUCUAGCCAUAAUAAAAAAGUUUAUAAAUAUUAUUGCAUUUGUUAAUAUUGUCGAAGCAUUAAAGAUCGUUACUAAUUGUCAGUAUUUAAAGAUUGUGUUUGCAUUGGCAUUGUCUAUGUUAAUCAAGAAUAUUAUUUCAAAUGUGGUUUUAGUGGCAUUAUUAAGAUGUUUUCUACUGUUUGAUUUUAAGGAAAUUUACAUGGAUGUGAUGCAUCAAUUCUAUAUUCAACUACUAGACUAUUUAAUAAUCCCAUUGUGA